AUGCCGAGGUCUCCGGGUCCGCACUCACGUGAGACUCCCUCGCAUCCAUAUUUCUCCUAUAUGCAUAAGUUCCCGGAAGCUUUGGUUUUUGGAAUCUGGACAAAGGAAGCCAUGGGCCAGGGUGGCUUAUUGUCAGGAGUAGAUCCCAUAGCGUUUGCAACUUCCGAUUCACUGAGGCUAUGGAUAAUUCAAAUGGGUAUGAUAAUUAUGAUGGGGGAAUUAAUGUCACUUGGUUUAGGCAAGCUCAGGCAGCCGAAAGUCGUUGCUGAAGUCGUCGCUGGAAUUCUCCUCGGCCCUACCGCCAUGGGACGAAUCCCCGGUUUCACUAAGCACAUCUUCCCCACCCAAUCCCUCUCAUAUCUCUCCCUAGUAGCCAACAUUGGCAUCUGCCUCUUUCUCUUCCUAGUCGGUCUUGAAAUUGACCCAAAUAUCAUCACCCGUAAUGCUCGCUCAUCUUUGUUUAUUGCACUCUCCACUAUAACCGUGUCCUUUGGUCUCGGUACUGCCAUCUCUGUUCCACUAUACCACAACUUCAUUGGUUCCCCUGUCGAGUUUACGUACUUCAUGCUUUUCACUGGCGUGUCAUUUUCUAUCACCUCUUUCCCCGUUCUUUGUCGCAUCCUCACCGCACUGAAGCUCCUAGACACGACGGUCGGCGUCGUUGUCCUGUCAGCUGGCGUGUGCAAUGAUGUAGUUUGUUGGAGUCUGUUGGCACUGUCCGUGGCUUUUAUCAAUGGAACCUCCGUGCUUACAACUCUAUGGAUCAUGCUGACAUGCGUGACAUUCACAGCAUUUCUCGUGUGGCCGAUUAGAAUCGCGCUGCUGUGGUUGGCUAGGUUCACGGGGAGUCUGGAGGACGGCCCUACGAUAUUCUUCAUGAUUGUUACCGUGAUCGUGCUUUGGGCAUGUGCGUUUUUCACGGAUAUUGUGGGGAUCAGUCCAAUUUUUGGUGCGUUCCUAGCGGGUGUCAUUGUUCCCCGCGAAGGAGCCCUUGCUAUCUCGCUGACGAAAAAGCUUGGAGAUAUAGUGACAGUCGUGUUUUUGCCUCUGUACUUCACGCUUUCAGGAUUGCAUACCGAUCUUGGAUUGCUUAACAAUGGCAUCACUUGGAGAUUCACCAUCGCAAUCAUAUGUCUGGACUUUGCUGGAAAAUUCAGUGCCUGUACGAUCACUACUCGGCUUUCUGGAAUGAGUUGGCGAGAGUCGAGCACCGUUGGAUCGUUGAUGUGUUGCAAAGGUCCUGUGGAAUUAAUCAUUCUCAGCAUUGGGCUUUCUACCGGCAUUCUCACCCAAAGGGUGUUCUCUAUGUUUGUCCUCGAAGCUCUAGUCCUGACUUCCGUAACCACACCCUUGGUCUCCAUCCUUUAUCCUCCUGAACGCCGGGUUCGUGCGCUAACUAGCGAUAUUUCACGUUGGUCAACUGGAGACAGGGACGAAGAUAUAGAUCACUGCCAGUCUCCCACGACUGAACCAUGGCGCUCCCGCUUCACGGUUGUCCUCGACAAAUUCGAUCACAUGUCGGGAAUGCUGGUGGCCACCAAACUGGCACUGCCGUCACCCUUGAUCCCAACUUUUCAAGGAAUUGAGAUAUGUGUGAACGCUCUUCGUUUGAUCGAGAUGUCAGACAGUAAUUUGGACAUAAUGAAGUCUUCAGCAAUGGACACCCUCAUCCACAGAGACCCAGUUCUGGGCGUCUUCCGCACCUUUGGAGAGCUCAAUGAUAUACGCGUUUCACUUUCGCUUUCUAUUGCCCCGUAUGAGGACAUGUCAAAAACUAUCUCCGACCAUGCGACACGACAUGGAUCUGAGCUCAUCCUCUUACAAUGGCUCCCGCCAUCGUCCAUUUCCAGAGAUACGAAUGAAGACUCGUGUAGCCCACACAGCACGAGGAUCGAACCAAAUCCGUCAACCACGAUUCACUCGCAAUUCGUGCGCAGAACAUUAGCAGAGAGCAAUACGGAUAUUGCCCUGUUCAUCGAUCCGGGCACUUCUCUCUCUGGUACCGGUCUUGGGAGUGCGCAUCACAUAUUUUUCCCCUUCUUUGGUGGUCCGGAUGAUCGACUGGCGCUUGAGUUUGUGAUGCAGCUUUGUACUAAACCCGGAAUUAGUGCGACAGUAGUACGGAUGUCGAAAAGUAGUGCUGAGCGUGUUGCAGUUCAAUGGCCGUCGAUCGUACGCCCAGAGGAGGAAGACAGUGAUGAAACAGGAUACCAUGGAAUGCCUAUUCAAUCAACUGUCGUUAUGCCAAACAUAUCGUAUGGACAAACACGCUUCGAAUCUGAGACAGCCGAUACUAUCCUCUGGGAGCAAUACGUCGACUCGCAUUCUUCGUAUGACAUUCAUCCAUCAAUCCGCGUUGCCCUGUCCCGUAUCACAUUCUCUGAGCAUUCGUCGUCCACGCCGUUAUGUUCCGCCAUCCAGCAGGCAUCUACGCACAAACCUGUAUUAGUUGUUGUUGGGCGCUCACACCGCCUUGGAUCGGACGAUCUCACGCAAGAGCUGGAAAACAUACUGAAGGAGCGGGGUAGUGUGGAGCAGGAUGAUAGUAGGAGCACUAUAGGGAAUGCUGCAACUGCCUUUGUUGCCUCUGGUUGUGCGAGUGCGGUGGUUGUGCUGCAGGCUGCUAAUGUUGGCACUGACUGA